GAAUUCUGAAGGCAAGGGACAGACAGGUCCUGAGUAGCCAGCAGGGGGGAGAGAGCCCAGCAGCGGCUCUACUCUCCCCUGGGGGCACUGAGUGCCUGGUCAUGCACCCCAGGAGGGAGUCAGUGCCCCAGAGGAAUGAGCUUCACUCCUGGGCCCCAUCCAGCAUUUUUGCUGCCUUCAAUGUUAUGCUGUUGAUCACCAUCAGUGGUCUGUUCUUCUCCUUUCCUUGCAGAUGGCUUGCUCAGCAUGGUGACUGGGUGUCUCCUACUAUCAAUGGGUUCCUCUUUGUUCUCACUUUGGUCAGUCUUAUUUUUCUCAAUUUCUCUGACCCUGGCAUCCUCCACCGAGGCUCUGAGUGGCAGUGUCCACUGGCCAUCAAGGUGGUGUGGGUGAACAGGAGAGCCUUCCGCCUCCAAUGGUGCCAGAGGUGUCGCUAUCACCGUCCUCCCCGAACCUACCACUGUCCCAGGUGCAACAUCUGUGUGGAGGAUUUUGAUCACCAUUGCAAGUGGGUCAACAACUGCAUCGGCCAACGAAACUUCCGCUGCUUCUUGCUCCUGGUGGUCUCGCUCUGCCUCUACACGGGAGCCCUGCUCUGUUCCUGCUUGAUCUUCUUAAUCCGAACGUCUCAGCAGCCCUUCACCUUGGACAAGGCCUUUGCGGUCGUGGCGGCCAUCCCAGCCACCGCCUUCCUGCUCCCGCUGCUGCUGCUCCUGGGGACGCAAGCUCUGUCUGUGAGCUCGGCUGAGCGCUCUUACGAGGGCAAGUGCCAUUACCUGCAGGGUUAUAACCCCUUUGACCUGGGCUGUGUCAGCAACUGGUAUUUAACCCUUUGUGCACCGCUGGGACCUAAGUACAUGGCUGAUGCCGUCCAGCUGCAGAGGGUGGUGGAGCCGGACAGGACCCAAAAACCCAGAUUGUGUGCUUCUCACUGGCACUCUUGUCCCUUCCCCGUUCCUUACUGCCACGUGACCAAUGUGUCUUGCCCCUACUCUGUCCCCGUGCCCGGCAUCCACCCUACCGGUGGUGUGCCAGGCCUCUGCCCCACCAACAUGCCAGGCCCCCACCCUGCCAAUGUGCCAGGCUCUCACCCUGUUCCUGUUGCCCCUCCGCUCUUCCACAUGAAACUGUGGAGGUCAGGGAGAGGCCCAUUGGGGGGUGGGAAAGCAGCUUCUCUGCAAAAGGUAAGGAGCAAAGAGUGUGUGUGUGUGGGCAGGGGCAGGGAGGGCAGGCGGAGGCUGGGGAGGGGCCCUGAGGCUGAGGGCAGGAGUGGGGCACUCGGGCAUCAGACUUCACAAAGCAUGCUGAAUCACCCCAGGAUGCCAGGCUGCUCCGUAGAUUCCAGGGGCAAACUGGUCGCUUCAUCUCCCUUCCCAUGAAAAAGGACAAAAGUCCAAAAUACCUUCUGGGGUUAGCACCCUCCUGUCCAGGUUCACUCUGCCCCUUGUGGGGUGGGUCAAGGAAGCCCAGUGUAGAGGAGAGAGCCUCGCACUGGUGGCCAAGAGCCAUGGGUUCUAGCCCCAGCUCUCCUAUUUACUAGCUGUGUGAUCUUGGGUAAGUAACCUCCCCUCCCUGGAUCUUAAUUUCCUCAUGGCAAAAAAAGGCAGUGACCUCUUAAGGUCUCUUCUACCCUUUGCUCUCUGAAGGCAUCCUUGAGAUAGAAGAGCAGGAGGUCUUUCAGCUUUGCAUGUGUGUGUGUGUGUGUGUGUGUGUGUGUGAGAGAGAGAGAGGGGGGGGAGAGAAAGAGUGAGAGGAAGAGAGGGGGAAGAGAGAGAGAAGAAGAGGGGGGGAAGAGAGAGGAAGAGAGAGAGAGGGAGAGAGAGGAGAGGAAGAGAAGGGAGAA